UAAGCUUUCUAUGUGAAUUAGACAGUUGAAUUAAGGCUUUUUAAUAAUUAGAAUCUUGGACAAUCAUUGUUUGGAUUGUUUAAGUCUGUUGAGAUGGAUCUUCUGAACCUCAUGAGGGAAAUCGCUGCUUUUCUUUUAUUAAUCCAGUGGAAACCUUCUGACAGCGCAUCUCACAGUUUCGUUGCAACAUGUCAACAACAGUCUCAUGAUGAUGAAGAAUAUAUAUAUCAUGAAUGGAACCCUUCACCCGUACAUGAUCUGACUGCAGAACUGAGUGAAUCUCAAUCCUCUCUCACUAUAAGAUGGGCCAUUAAUGUCGACAGCACCAUUCGCAAUCUCACUGGCACAUGGAUCACAUGGUCAGAGGCAAAUGAUAAUACAGAAUCAAGUUAUAGAUGUGGAUACAAGCCUGAGUUCUCCUCUGAUCAGAUCAGCCUUGCUGGCCUACAACAGCUGUGGUUCAGUUUCACUGUGCCAAAUGUAUCCGUUUGUCCUUCAAACAAGUAUCACUUCUUGGCCUAUAACCUUCCCACAUCAAAUACUGGAACAGGCAGCACAUAUACAAAGACUUUCAAAGCAGCUGAAAUCCAAUGGAACGCUCACAUUUAUUCAGUCCUUCAUGAUGAUAAGAUAAUGGUGACCUUCAAUGAGAGCUCUGCGGCGGACAGACACACCAUCAAUCUGGAGAACCCAAAAGAAAUCCUAAAGACUGUUGAGAUAAAAGAGGGAUGCAAAGUAGAAAAAUGUCAAGUGGAACUGGAAUACACGGGUCCCUGUGAAGACCUUACAAUAUUGAUAACACCUCACUUUGAACACUGCAAGGGUAUAGAUGAAGUUCAGCAUGAAGUGAUCUGUACGAACAAGUCUGGGUUGGCCAUUGGUGUUGGGUGCGUUCUGGCGCUUCUUUUCGUGCUUCUCUGCUGCUGCAUCACGUGUCAGGUGCUGCGGUGGGGCCGUGGCUCGAAGCGUGGCGUGUCCGUGCGAGUGUUGCUGGUGUAUCCCGCAGUGGACGGUGUGUUUCAGCGCGCUGUGAUGCUCCUGGCUCAAUCCCUGCACAGGCGCGCUGGCGUAACCGUGGUCAUCGACGUGUGGGACCGAGCUAGCCUAGCGGAACAAGGCCCGCUCCGCUGGAUCAACACACAGGCCGAGCUCGCAGACAGAGUCCUCCUCAUCACACCGCCUCAGACCGACGACCUUAAAUCAAACCUAGUUCCCGGCGUGAGCGAUGACACGGUUUCAGCUUCGGCCAGCAGUCUCUUCGCCCUGACCCUUAACCUGCUGUCCAGCGCUGCCCAUGACCCGCUCGGCCGGGACAAGUUCUGGGUCGUCAACCUGCGGGCCGAGGACCAGAGCGAGCAACCCGAGCUGAGAGGAUUCAGGAGAUUCCUUCUGCCCCGAGACUCAGAGAAGCUCCAUCAGAAGGUGUCGAGAAGAGAGAUGUGCUCCUGCUUCAGCUCCUUCACCUUCAGGAACGCCCUGGAGAAGAUGGAGAUCCACACAGACCUCCUAACCUGUGCCGAAGACCUCAGCCGGGACCAAACACCUCAUCUCCUGCCAUGAUGUGUGCCUUUCUGGUUAUUUUUCAUCAUGAAAGAUGCUUCCUUCCCGCAGACUUCAGUUCCAGCUCUGAUCAAACUCACUGAGCUUCUUCUUCACUGGUUCAGCUGUGAUUGGACGUUUUCAAAACAUCUCAAAACACUAUCAUGGUUAUGCGAACGUUAAGGGAACAUUCCGUUUUGUGACUUUUGAAUGUUUGCU